AUGGUCCUCCCCAUCAUUCUCUCCGUUCUCCUCACGGCGUGGCCCGCAGUGCGGGCUGAGCAAAUCUUCAACAACAGAGGAACUCUGACCGGCUGGGGCGGGACCCAAACGGAGCAUAACGGAGAAAUUAAAGAGGUCACCGAUGUUUUUCUCGACGAGCCGCCGGCGCUUGUCAUGACCCAAACCUUUGACGAAUCCUACACUGGUCGUUACCACUCCGAGGUCCGCGUCCUGAACGCUUAUAAGCACGGCGACACACGGUUCUACGGGUUUGCCUUCCGGCUCCCGCCUGAUUGGCAGUUUGACCCCGCGCAAAGCUACGACCUGGCGCAGUUCAUCGCGCCUUUCGACAAAUGUGAUACGUUCAUGCCCACCACAAUGUUCUGGGCCGAGGGGACGAAACUGUUCACCCGCCUAAAGUCAGGGAGCGUUUGUGACCAAAAGACGAAGGAACUACCCCUCGAUGUAACACUCACUGCCGGAGAAUGGCACAAGGUGAUGAUUCAAGCCCGCUGGGAGAGCGAGGCCACGGGCUUUCUACGUUUGUGGUUUGAUGACAAGAAGGUUCUGGACGAACAGAACGUUGCCACAACCGUAUCCGAAGACGUUCCGUUCCAAUUCCGUGUCGGUCUGUACGCGAACGGAUGGCACGAUGACAAGGGCAUGAAGGGCACUCAGGGGUUCCGGCAAGUGUUUUACGACAAGGUUGCCAUCGCAACGACGAAAGAAGAGGCGGACCCAGCUCUUUGGUGA